GUCAGCGAUUGGCGGGAAAAACUGCUGCUCAAAAGUCAUCAUCGAUUUGUUAUUGCACAUCGGCUGAAUUCUUACAUACAACUUAUGCUGACGUGUUUAUCAUAUGCAUCCUCUCUGCUACAGUAACGUGUAUCUUUUGAAUUGGACGACAAAUGUUUUGACUGACGCUAGGCGUAUCCUGAUCCUGUUUUCGAGAAUGUUGCCUGAGGGGAAAGAGGGAGGGCGGCUGACGUCUAGAUCCUGAUAAAUGUUGUGUGUAGACCAUUUGUUGUUAUUCCGGUUUUCAGCAUGGAGCGUUCCCUUCACUUCAUCAGGGUGGGAAAAUCCCUGUGCCUUAAGAUGGAGCUGCGUGUGUUACCUGUGCAGGAACAGACAACCUGGUUCACUUGUGAACACCAACAUGAGGUGGUGACCUUAUUGAAGGGAGUUAUUGACGCCAAACUUGAGGCUCUGAGAGUCCGAGGGAAGGCACUGGACAAAGUGACUGCACAGCAGGAUCCUGACAUCAUCACAGGUGCCACCUUAAGAGUGGCUUACUGCUUUAAGAAGAAUGAACUGAGUCACACUUUCCUUGUGGACACCAGUCAUCUUGACAACACUUCUACUGAUAUCAGCAGUGAUGAAGAGCAGACACCUUCCAUUGGAGGAAGCUACCGCAGCUUCAAACUGGAGAAUGUCCGUCUGGUGGCCUGUGUGUGUCAGUACAGCAGUGAGUACCCACAGACACUUCCAAACGAGAAGUUGGUGCAAGGUUUGAGCCAGAUCCCCUGGCCCCAGAGAGAAACAACAGACAUCAGUAGCUACUUCAGCCGGGCCCCUGAAAAAACAACAACUUCAACAAUGCCUGAUGGUCCUCAGGUCCCAGUAGCUGAGGAGAAGAAUAGGACCAAUCUCCGGAAAAUGAUGAAACGAGGAAAGCUUCAAAAGAAAAACUCCAAGAGGAAGAAUCAUCAGAUUCAGAAGGACACUGCAUCAUCAAGCCACAUGUCUGACUCAAAAAUACUCGAUCAAAAUGUUCCUAACACAACAAGGAAUGGUGUACAAACUCAGACUGAAGACAUAACAUGUGAUCAAGUAGAGAUGAUGUCAGAUUGGUCAGAGGACGCGCCAUCUGACAUUGUUCCCGCUGACAUAAAAAUGAUAGUUAGAGAAGGAACAUCAGAAGAGAUUACAAACGCUGUGGCAAGGAGCUGCCAGGAGUCAAACACAUUUCCUGACAGCCAAAAGUCUCAAGUAGGAGAUAUGUUAUCAGGAGAGCUCCCAAAGAAAAAGAGGGGAAGGCCAAAGAAGAACAAGGCUGCUGCCCCUUCUGUCAGUAAAGAUGGGGAUGUUAAGAUGCAUAAGAUGAGAACCAACGGUAGCAACUCGGUAGCUAGAGUAACAGAGGAUGGGCACAAAGUUGAAGCUAAGGGGGUCGACACAAUGGUGCAACAUCAAGAUAGUAUUGGUACCACCAAUAGUAUGACAAGCAGGGGAUUUGGCAUGUUGGAAAUCCAGAAUACCGAAGACCACAAAAAUGUGGUGGGCAAUGAUCCGCACGAGUCACAAGUUCAAGACAGAAAAGAUAUUGAGAAAGAAUCAAGCCAUUUCAGUGGAGAAGGUCAGCACCAAAUGUUUCUAGAUACCUCACAUGAUGCAAGGGAAAACAGACAUCUUGAUCCUGAUAGGUCAACAAUGAUCCCAACCAGCGCAGGCCCAUCAAGUUUAGACAGUGACAACAGGCAAAGCAAUGAUUUAAGAAUUCAGUUUAAAGAAUCAACAGAAUCCAGUCUUAAUGGCUUCAAAACCAGUAAGAGAAGAACUAAAAGAAAGUCGGAUUCACCUCUGAUUAAGCAGCCAAGCAAAUUUAGUAAGUUGUCCCGGAAAAAGUCCAAAAAAGCUGUCAGGAAAAACUGCUUCAAUACAUCCCAGUCACGGCAGGACACCUAUGAUGAGAGUUCUUCCCAGGAAAAAGUAGAAGAUGAAGACAAGAAGCAGAAAAGUAGCAAGAAGCAAACAUGUGGCACAGCUACUCUUCCAACUCCAUCCUCCACAGCAACUGAUGAUGACUACGAUACUGCAAAUGAGGAGAAAAUGGACAAGUCCAUCAAAGAUUUUGUUGGCAUUAGCAGGAACUCAGGCAAGCGAUCAUCUAAACAUCCAUCCUCACAGGAAAAGGAAGCAUCCAGGAGGUUGGAGAAAAUCCACAGAAAGAUGAAAAAGAUGGAGAUAUCUGAUGAUGAGGAGGAUGAGCUGCAUUCAGAUGUAAACAAAGGAUUAUUUUCACAGCAGGACACAAACUCUAGUCAAGUGUCUGCAGGUAGUGAUGGUGCCAUUGCUGUUAAAGAUGUGACCCCCAGCAAAAGUCAACAGAAGCCAAGCACACAUAACAUCUCUCUUUCAAAACGGAACCUGUCACCUGUCGUUAAGCUGGUAGACAUCUCUCAGGCAGAGCAGUUCAGAAGACUCCUCAGUCCAGUUCGUGAGAGAGCUAAGGAGUUAACCAGCUCUCAGGGGAGUGAAGUCAGCAAAAAGGCAGUUGUAGAAAGCAGGUCAAAAGACAGCCAUCACUCAAAACAACAUGGUCCAGCACAAAUAAUGAGGAAGCGGUUAGAGUUCAGGAGGCAGAGGUCAAAGGUGUUCGAUCUUGACUCAGCAGAAACCCUUGGGGAUGAGGACCACAACAGAAGUAGUUUUGAAGGCAAGACAAGGAAGUCAAGGUCCACUGUGUUUGAUCAGGAUUUGGACAGUUGUCCCAAUGUGUCAGAGGAGUAUGCCGUAAGCAGCCAGAACAUAGAAGCCAAAGAUGGCGGUGAUACAAAUUGGACCAGCAAGAAUCCUAACACAGAGAGCCACUGUGAAAAGGCUACAGUUAAUUCCUUUGAAGAAGAUGGGGAUGAAAAAGUAGUAGAUUACAACAAUGACAUUCCAUCCCAAACCCUUAGCCCUAGCACUAUCAAGAGAGCAGGGACUAUGAAAAAAGGUGGAAGAGGCAAGAAGUCAAAAGUUGUUAUUGAACCUAAUUCAAAAGACAAUAGACCAUCAAAGAGAAGCAGUAAAGCAGUAUCAAGACCCUCUCAAGAGGUCAGACAAGGUGACAAAAGACAAGAAAUUUCUAAAUCAAGGGUUUCAAAGAAGACCAAGGUCAGAGAUGAUCCAGAUAGCGGUUCAGUUAUUGUUGAUGAGGUAAAUACCACAGACAUACAGAAUGGGAACAGUACCGUUGAAGAGGCUAUCGAUGUACCAGAAGAUGACGUGGAUGAGAUUUGCUUUGUUGAUGAGUGGCAAACAGGAGACAAAGCUGAGAUGGAGAACUCCAUCAAGAAAAUCAGGCAUGUGAAAGACCUGAAUAGUGAGCAGAUCAGAUACCUGGUUCAGAAGGAGGAUCGCUACCUCAAGGACAUCUUCAAGGGCAAGUUGUUCUGUAGGAGGCAUGAAGAUUACAAGAGAGGAGGGAUUGCCAGAGCUGACCUUGACUUCCAGGUGCGGUUGGGAAUGUUCCAUGAAUCCCAGCAUGACGAAGUGUUAGAUGUGUUAAAUGCCAGGUACUGUCCAGCAGGCAACAACAAGUACCUUGACUAUGUGUUCAAAGUCCUCCUGCCCGAGGCUCUUAUCAAGAUCCACAUGGACAUCACAGGGACCAGCCAUGAUGAGAGUGAGGACAUCAUGCAGCAGGCCCUCAGCAGACGCAGCCUCUGUGCCUCCAUGUCCAUGUCUGACUAACCUUCAGCCAGAUACCAAGUAUAGUAAGGUAGCCUUUUGGCACCAACGAAAGUUGUAUUGGUUACAGGGUUAGGUAGCCAGUAGAAGGCUGCUAGUACAGCAUCAACUCCAUCCCACUUCACCAUUAAGGCUCUACUUAAGAUUUUACUUAAAUGUAAAGUAAAUUAAGUUUUCACUGCAUCAGCAGUCUUAUAUUUUCUUAGAAGCACAGAUAGUGUAGGAAAUGAUUACCUCUAAAACUUGAUUACCUCUACUGCUAUUUAAAUUUUAUUAUCCCUUAUAGGAAAUUUCUUGUGUGCAAUGAGUUAGAUUGAUUUCAACAGGUUUUAUUUUGUAGUGUAUAGUUUCAUUAUUAUGUGAAAAGGGUUUCAUAUAUCUAUGUUGAGGAUCUUGUUAAUAUUGUUUCAUGGCAACAGAAUCACAUGGUAAGCUUUUAAUAUAGUUGGACUGUUCUGCCAGCAUGAAUACUUGGCCUCUUGCUAUUAAGUAUUAACAUUAACAAACCACAGCAGGAGAUACUACAUUUUGUUCAGAAUAGGAAAUGUUUAUUAAGUCAUGUUAACAGCCCUUGUUGAACGUUAUGUUGAACACCUUUGACAUGCAUGCAAGAUGCAUAUAGACAUUAUUACAGACUCUUUCCUACUUACUUAGUAUACUGUUCUUAUUAUGCUAUUUCUUUCAAAGUCACGACAGAAUUGAAUUAUACUAUUAUUGUCAUAUCUUCAUAUGAAAUUAUUUUAUCCAUAAGUUAUUUGACAGUACUAUCUUGGUGGCUAUAGCAAUGCUACUCUAUAUUGUUUGCUUAUAAAUAUUCACAUAAACAUUUGUUGUUCAUUAAUAAAGCUGGCAUUAUAUUAUAUAUAAUGUUACUAUCCAUAGGUUUAUUAACACCUUGUCAUUCAUUUAGUGUAAUAAUGCACAAUCAUGAAGAGAAUGUGAAGCACAUUUUAAGAUCAAUUAUCUUAAUUAAAAUUACUACAUUGUGCUUCGACCAAACACCUCUGUUUUCUUGUUAGCCCUUUUAAGUUAGCCCUUAUGGUGAUAAUAAAAGCUUAUCUAGUCACUGACACAUGCAUUGUGUGCUU